AUGUUCCUACUCGCCUAUCGGUCUGCACGACAUAAUUCUACAUCAACUACACCAGCAAGAGCAGUUUUUGGCGCCGACAUCAGAUUACCCCCGGACUUAAAAUUUGGAAUAACGCCACUUUGCGGCAAGAUGACAUGUGACUACACUGGAAGUAAGCGGGACCAAUUAGAUGAAAUUCAUCGAUUCAUCAGAAGGCGGCUCUUACUGACCAGUGACAAAAUGAAAGCCAGGUAUGAUUUGAGAAUGAACUCUGAAGGUUUCCAGGAAGGUGACCUAGUGUGGUUCCAUAAUCCACAACGGAAGAAAGGUUUGUCUCCAAAAUUACAGACCUAUUGGCAAGGACCAUAUAGGGUAAUAACGAAGAUCAAUGAUGUGGUUUAUCGAAUUCAAGAGUCGGGGCAUCCUAGAGCUCGAAUGAAAGUGGUGCAUCUGGAACGGCUGGCACCUUACUGCAACGAUGUGGUAGUUCCUGUUCGGGACGAACAGAUUUAA